GACACAAAUCCGUCCCAUGUUCACCUCUACCCAAAGAGAAACAAUUUAAUCAAUGAUUGAUUUGAGUUAAAGGCAUUUAAAAAAGUCCAAAAAUAGCAAAUUCCAAAUUUCAAAUUGUACAUGCAACUUGUACAUCCUCAUUUGCUUAGCUCCACAAAAUUCGAUUUCUUCUCUAUCGUUCUUCAGUUGCAUACUUGCAUUAAUUCAGUAAUCACCAUUCAACUUUUCAAAUCUUUCUCCAAUUCUUUAGACAGCAAUAUACCAGCCAAAAUGCAAUUCAAAGCCAUAAUCUCCCCUUCUCUUAACAUUCAAAUCGAAAUUCCCUUAAUCAAACAAUUUUCAUUCUCCUCCAAUUUGCGGCACCCUAAAAUCCCACUUAAGCCCUUCAAUUUAUGCUUUCCUGAAUCCCAUCAAAUUCCCAAAAAUUUGCAAAAAGUUGGUUGUAUUAGUCCUAGCCAAGAAUUUCUGGGUGAAAAUCUUCAAACCCAUGAACCAGAGCCCGAAAUUAGUAGUUUUGAGAUUAACCCAGAAAUUCAUAACCUUCAAUUUUCAGAACCCACAAAUGAAGCUGAAGAAUUUGCUAAUCAAAGUACUUGGGAUCAAAUGAUUGAGAUUAUUAAGUUUUCAGGGCCUGCUACUGGGCUUUGGAUUUGUGGGCCUUUGAUGAGUCUCAUUGAUACUGCUGUUAUUGGCCAAGGCAGCUCACUUGAGCUGGCUGCUUUAGGUCCAGCAACUGUACUAUGUGAUUAUGUUGGAUUUGUGUUUAUGUUUCUUUCAGUUGCAACUUCCAAUAUGGUUGCUACUUCACUAGCUCAAAAGGAUGAGGAUCAAGUGCAGCAUCAGAUAUCCAUGUUAAUAUUCAUAAGUCUGGCAAGUGGAUUGCUGUUGUUUUUACUGACAAAAGGCUUCGGUGAAUGGGCUUUAACUGCUUUUGUGGGAGUUAAGAAUGUGAAUCUUGUAUCUGCUGCGAAUUCGUAUAUACAGAUUCGUGCCUUAGCAUGGCCUGCCAUACUUGUUGGCUAUGUUGCUCAGAGUGCCAGUCUAGGCAUGAAAGAUUCCCUGGGACCAUUGAAGGCUCUACUCAUUGCCAGUGCUCUCAAUGGCCUUGGUGAUAUAAUACUCUGUACCUUCUUAAAUUAUGGGAUAGCUGGUGCAGCGUGGGCAACUGCAGCAUCACAAAUUGCUGCAGCUUAUGUGAUGAUUGAUGGUUUGAAUAGAAAAGGUUACAAUGGGUAUUCCUUUUCAGUUCCAUCACUUGCUGAACUGCAAGAGAUAACUGGGAUUGCUGCCCCCGUCUUUGUAACCAUGGUUUCUAAGGUGGGCUUCUACGGUCUACUUAUAUAUUUUGCUACGUCUAUGGGCUCACAUGUAGUGGCUGCUCAUCAGGUGUUGCUUAAUAUAUUUGGCAUAUGUUCAGUAUGGGGUGAGCCCCUUUCUCAAACUGCACAAUCAUUUAUGCCCGAGCUAUUGUAUGGAGCCAACCGAAGUUUAGUAAAGGCGAGAUCUCUAUUGAAGUCUCUUCUGAUAAUAGGAGCGUUUCUUGGACUUCUUCUAGGAACUGCCGCAACUGCAAUCCCUUUUGUUGUUCCUAAUCUCUUCACAUCUGAUACAGUAGUAAUAAGAGAGAUGCGCAAUGUUUGGAUUUGUUUCUUCCUUGCUUUGAGUGUGACACCUUGUAUACUCCCCUGUGAGGGUACAUUGCUGGCUGGCAGGGAUCUCAAAUUCAUUAGUACAUCAAUGAGUGGAUGUUUUGCUUUAGGCGCAAUUGUAUUACUGCUCGUAAGAAGUCAAGGAUUAGGCUUAUUAGGCUGUUGGAGUGCCCUUGUUGGAUUUCAAUGGGCACGCUUCUUGAUUUCUCUUAGACGCCUUCUUUCUCCUAGUGGCGUACUAUUCUCAGAGGAUCUUGAUUGUUUGAGAUUGGCUGAGCUUAAAGUUGCUUAGGUAAAGAUUCAACAAACACCUUCAGCAAAUUCUUUUCAUUGGUUAAACACUUUAACUACCUUCAGCAAAUUCGAGUAAGAUGAAUUUGGUGCUUCAGGGUUUGUACAAUCAUAAAAACUAUUACGUACAUUAGUUUUUUUAUUCCAUACUGUUUGCAAGAAUUGCAAAUGUAUUCUCUGAUACUCUAACAGACUAAUAUUAGAGUCAGAGAUAGGAGUAUACAUAUAGCUUAAGCUGAACUGUAAGCAGAAAAUCCAUCCCCCCCCCCCCCCCUCCAUUUACCCCAUGACUUGUCGACGUUGUUGUGUUAUGUUCGAUCUCCAAUAGUCGGCUUGUAAGCACAACCUUGAGUAUUGCAUAUGGGAAUUCACCAUCAAAAACUCAUUAUAACCAUCAAA